AUGAGCGCCGACUACAGCGCAGAGGAUCUCGAUGCUAUCGUUGAGCUGGCUAGCACGGUGCAGCAGCACUUUGUCGAUGUCCCAGACCAAUAUAAGCCCAUUUUGGACGAUGUGAAGCGACUCCCGAACAAGCUGCGUCAGAAUGAAGAGGAGGAUUCCGAUAGUCCUGUAGGGGAGCAGGGGGAACCUUCUGAUGAUAUCUCUAAAAGCUGUCGUGAUUUACUCCACGAGCUAAACACAUAUCUGGGGCAUUUAUAUGCAACCAAAGCUCUAUCACAGCAUGAAAAGGGAGGGUUCGUCGAUUGCAAGACUACGAUAGGGGACACUAUCCUCUUCCUCGCAGCGAAGCAAGGAUUUACAGAAAUUGUCCGGUUCCUCCUGGAACAGGGAAUUUCCAUUGACCCGAAAGACAGGGCGGGGCGGACUCCCCUGCAUCAUGCAGUGGUAAAGGACCAGAAAGAAGUAGUUAGGAUCCUUCUCGCCGCAGGCGGUGAUAUAGAGACGACAGACCUGGCGGACCAUAUCCUACUGAUGUUUGCAGCACCCCGUAGCGAUAACAGGAAAAACAGGUCGGGCCACACACCGCUGAUAGCCGCAAUCGAAGCCGGGAAUGAGGCGAUGGUGCGGCUUCUCCUGGAUGCAGGCGCGGACCCAAACCACCACACGGAUGAUUAUGCCCCAUUGACGUCUGCGAUUAGAGCUCAUAGUAUGUCCAUUUUCACGAUGUUGCUCGACAAGGUCUCUGAUCUGAACCAUGCGGAUGGAAGGGGCGAAACCCCGCUCAUGCACGCCGCAAAAUGGCACAAUGGGAUGGCGGAGCUCCUCCUAGAGCGAGGAGCAAGGUGGGACGUUGAGAAUAGAAACGGUGAAACUGCAAUGUCCAUCGCUUCGCAACAUGCAAAUGAACCGCUGCUCAGACUGCUCCUAGAGAAUAUUCCCGGUCAAGAGUAUGUGAAUGCAAAGGGCCAUGGCUUACUCCACUUUGCUGUAAUGAGCAAUCGAGAAGGUGGGGAUGAAUCAAUCGUCCGCUUUCUCCUGGCGAGGGAGGGAUUAACGCACGACCGGAAAGUCGCGGAUGCUCAAAGCGGGCUGCACGGCGCCGCUUGGAGGGGGUAUACCGCCAUAUUGGACAUACUGCUAGAGAUAGACGGCGUGAGUAUUGACGGCAAGGACGAGGACGGCUACACGGCACUCUGGCUGGCUGUUCGAUGGGGCCGGGAGGCCACUGUCGAGCUCCUUCUUGAUAAAUAUAGGGCCAGCACCGAAGUCAGUAACGGUGAGAUAGAAUGGACAGCAUUGCAUGGAGCGGGACGGCCACGGUCGAACUCCGCUAUCCUGGGCGACAAAGAUCGAAUGGCAAGACUGCAUGAUGACAUUGCUCCAAAAAUGGUGCCGUUGCUUCUUGAAGCAGAUGGAGUGGAUAUCGACAGCCGAGACACGAUGGGUCGCACUCCCCUGUUCUGGGCUCUCUUAUCCGCCAUCUAUUUAGUGGGCGCCCUAGAGAUGGUAGACAUGUAUGAGGCUAGCAUUCAGCUCCUACUUGAGUAUGGCGCCAGGGUUGACCACCGUGAUGAAUCUGGGAGGACCCCCAUAUUCUACGCCGCAAUGGUGAAACGUGCCGCGCUGGUCCAAAUGCUCCUGGAGAAGGGCGCAGAACCAGACUGCAAGGACGCUGACGGGAGGACGCCGCUUUCCUAUGCAGUGGAACCAUUCAACGUUGGUUGGCUCGCGGAGUACAAAGGUGAAUGUGAGGACGAAUGGGAGCCAGAAUGGUCUGGCGACCAGCUGAGCAAGGUGGUUACAGCUCUUCUUGCCCAGGGUGCUGACCCAGAUUGUCAAGAUCCAAAGGGUCUAACACCACUCUCACGCGCAGAAAAGAAGCUCGAGGAGGGGAAUGAGGUUUUGGUUCUGCUCAGGAAUGCCUCCGCUCGAGGUUCAUGA